ACCCUCGUUCUGGAUGACAGUGAGGCUGAAGCGGACUACGGGGGCACUCGGUCAGGAUGUCGACUCUAGAGGAGAUCUGCGGCGGUCUGCUCGUGGAGCCGUUACCGGAGAACCGCGGCAGAAACCCCGGCCUACCCCACGCCCCGACCCGGACACCCCACCUCACGGCAGCAGAGGAGCGGCUGGCCCUGAGGAACGCCCUGCGGUACUUCCCCCCCCGCCAUCAUGCUACAUUGGCGCCAGAAUUUGCUCAAGAGCUGCGGCAGCACGGUCACAUCUACAUGUACCGCUUCUGCCCUCCCAUGCGCAUCAAAGCCUACCCCAUACAUCAGUACCCCUGUCGGACCCCCCAGGCAGCCGCCAUCAUGCUGAUGAUCAUGAACAACCUGGACCCCGCCGUGGCCCAGUUCCCGCAGGAGCUGGUGACCUACGGUGGCAACGGACAGGUGUUCAGUAACUGGGCCCAGUUCCGCCUGGUGAUGCACUACCUCAGUGUGAUGACGGAGGAGCAGACCCUGGUGCUGUACAGCGGUCAUCCCAUGGGGCUGUUCCCCAGCCUGCCCUCCUCCCCCCGGGCCAUCAUCACCAACGGCAUGGUCAUCCCUAACUACUCGUCCAGAGAGCAGUAUGAGAAGAUGUUCGCCCUGGGUGUGUCCAUGUACGGCCAGAUGACGGCGGGGAGCUACUGCUACAUCGGGCCUCAGGGCAUCGUCCACGGCACCAUGCUGACCCUGCUGAACGCGGGCCGCCGGUACCUGGGCUCCGGGGACCUGAGGGGGCGUGUCCUGGUGACCUCCGGCCUGGGGGGCAUGAGCGGAGCGCAGGCCAAGGCCGCCGUCAUCGCCGGCUGCAUCGGGGUCGUGGCCGAGGUGGACGAGGCCCCCAUCAGGAAGAGGCAUGAGCAGGGCUGGCUGAUGGAGAUGAGCAGCAGCCUGGACCACUGCAUCCAGCGCAUCAGAGAGGCGAGGGCGGCCAAGUUACCCCUCAGCCUGGGUUACCAUGGAAACAUCGUAGACCUAUGGGAGAGGCUGGUCCUGGAGUACCAGCGGACGGGGGAGCUGCUGGUGGACCUGGGCUCGGACCAGACCUCGCUCCACAACCCCUUCAGCGGGGGCUACUACCCCGUGCAGCUCAGCUUCCGCCAGGCCAACCAGCUCAUGGCCUCCAGCCCGGGCCAGUUCAGAACCGCCGUGGAGGAGAGCCUGAAGAGACACGUGGCGGCCAUCGACACGCUGGCGGAGGCCGGCAUGUUCUUCUGGGACUACGGGAACGCCUUCCUGCUGGAGGCCCAGAGAGCUGGGGCCAAGGUAGCGAAGGAGGAGGGGAGUGGAGGCGCGACGGAGUUCCGCUAUCCGUCCUACGUGCAGCAUAUUAUGGGGGACAUCUUCUCGCUGGGCUUCGGCCCGUUCCGCUGGGUGUGCACCUCGUGCGACCCCAAAGACCUGGAGGUUACGGACCAGAUCGCGGCCGCCGUCCUGGAGGAGAUCGCAGUGGGCGUGAGCGAGGGCGUGCGGCAGCAGUACCACGACAACAUCCGCUGGAUCAGGGAGGCCGGGAAACACCAGAUGGUGGUGGGGUCCAUGGCCAGGAUCCUGUACUCAGACCAGAAGGGCCGAGUCUGCAUCGCACUCGCCAUCAACAAGGCCAUCGCCGAUGGAAGGGUUUCAGCUCCUGUGGUCAUCAGCAGGGACCACCAUGACGUCAGUGGGACCGACAGCCCGUUCAGAGAGACCUCCAACGUGUACGACGGGUCGGCCUUCUGCGCGGACAUGGCGGUCCAGAACUUUGUGGGGGAUGCCUUCAGGGGGGCCACCUGGGUGUCUCUGCACAACGGCGGCGGCGUGGGCUGGGGGGAGGUGAUGAACGGAGGGUUCGGUCUGGUUCUGGACGGGUCGGAGGAGGCUGCGAAGCGAGCCAGUCUGAUGCUCAACUGGGACGUCUCCAACGGGGUGGCCCGGCGCUGCUGGUCGGGGAACUCCAACGCGUAUGAGACCAUGGAGCGCAGCAUGGAGGCCGAGACGCAGCUCCGCGUCACCAUGCCCUACGCCGUGGAGGACCAGGGGGUCCUGGACCAGGCCCUGGACCAGGCCCUGGACUAGGAUUAGGUCCCGGACCAGGUCCUGGACCGGGCCCUGGACUAGGCCCUGGACUAGGAUUAGGUCCCGGACCAGGCCCUGGACUAGGAUUAGGUCCCGGACCAGGCCCUGGACUAGGAUUAGGUCCUGGACGAGGCCCUGGACUAGGAUCAGGUCCUGGACCAGGCCCUGGACCAGGCCCUGGACCAGGCCGUGGACCAGGUCCUGGACCGGGCCCUGGACCAGGCCCUGCAGGGCAAGACGGACGUGGCGGUCCCUUGGAGCCCAGGGAGCUGUUAUGAUACAGAGAAGGCGUCCAUUCAUGAAGUAUCAGAGUACUGAAGCCGUCCUUUGAGAAGAUCUUUCUUUGCCUUUCAGGUACAUUUUGAAGAGGUACAAUUAUUAAUAAUAGUACUGUGUGAAAAAUAAAUCGUGUAAUAAAAAAACUAUAACACUAA